GAUAGGUGAUAGUUUGCCUGAUCUCUCUAACUCCAACAUAGUUUUCCCUAGCUACAGGAAAACUACAGAAGCCCUGUUGGAAAUUCAGGUGACUCAACUGGGACUCAUUCUGUAGAGACAACAGAGAGCUGAACUGGGAUCUCCAGGCUCAAGUCCUAAUGGAAACUAUGGGACUAUCUUUCUCCAGAUACUUUACUGUUAUCUACUUCUUUCAGAUGGUAACACCAAGUUCAGAACAAUUCACAGUAAGUGGCUCAGAGGUUCCAAUCUUGGCCUCCUUGGGUGGAGUAGUUGAGCUCAGUUGCCAGCUGUUCCCACCACAGAGCGCACAACACAUGGAGGUACGUUGGUUCCGGGACCGCUACACAGAACCUAUUCAUCUGUACAAGGAUGGAAAAGACCUGUAUGGAGAAAUUAUCUCCAAGUAUGUGGAGCGGACAGAGCUCCUGAAGGAAGCCAUUGGAGAGGGUAAAGUCACCCUCAGGAUCCUUAAUGUCAGCGUUGAGGAUAAUGGGCAGUACCACUGCUUCUUCAAAGACAGUGAUGAUUUCUAUGAAGAAGCUGUCACAGAAGUGCAAGUCACAGCUACAAGCUUAGAAAUACAGAUUCAUAUGCAUCCUCCUAACACCAAAGGUCUUCUAGUGGAAUGUGAUUCAGGAGGGUGGUUCCCACAGCCUCAAAUGGAGUGGAGAGACAGCAGAGGAGAGAUCAUUCCACCUGCAUCAACAACCCAUUCACAGGAUGAAAACAAAUUAUUUAACAUGAAGAUGACCCUUCUCCUUAGAGAUAGUUCCCAUGGAAAUGUCACUUGCUACCUUCGAAACCCUGUGACUGGUCAAGAGCAAAGGACAAGCAUUGUUCUUUCAAAUAAACUUUUUCCAUGGAACAUCAUUUGGACACUGAUUCUGAUUUUAAUUCUGUUUACAUCAACAAUCUUUAUUGUGAUUCCCAGCAUUGAAUUAUAUUUCAGACAGAGACAUCGCCCCCAUAACUGUUGUCAAUCAGUUUGCUCCUGUAAGAAGAUAAGUCCUAUCAUAGUGAACCCAUUGAUAGCCAUCAGCUCAGUGGGUAUAAUUGCAGGACUCAUUUCCUAUUUGCAGUUCAAAAAAAGAGUCCCCACUUCAGAUCCACACUUCCAGUUGGAUAUUAUGUGGUUGGAAGAUAUGACCGUGCUCCUGUGUGUGUUGAUGGCCUUUAUCACUAUGAUCAUUUCCUUUGUCUACUCCAAAAUCAGAGAGUCCUCAGCUAGUUCUGAGAAUGAAGAAGAAUAAUCUUAUCCGGAAUUUGAGAUAGAAAGAAUACAGUGGACCAGUAUGCUAAUAUCUCAGAAGAAAAUAACCGUUGACCCACAGUUUCACACAUAGUCAAAUAAUUGUCCUGGGAGAGUUGAAUAAACUGCUACUGGAUAUUCAGAUUUUUAUUACAUUUGUAGCUCAUGCACAAACUCUGCUCAUUCAAAAUAAAAGAUGGAAGUGUAAUUAGGAGUAACAGAUUAAAAGAAUAACUGGAUUAACACCAAUUUAAAAAACAAUAAUUUACAUGGUAAAAUGGAAAUAACUCUCUGAAAGUAGAGGUAAACCUGUAUCAAUAAUUAAAUGUUGUAUUUAUCAGUCGUGAAACAUGUCAGUAAAACAUAACUGCUCUCUGGGAUAGCAGGUAGUAUGGAGGUUAAAGCACUGGAUCUCACAAAGCUGCCUCAGUGGUUCAGGUCCCAUGAACCAGUGGCUUAAUCACACCAGGCACAUGUAUGUAUGCCAAGAUACUGAAAGGAGAAUGGAGAGGAAGGGAU